UCUCAAAUGUGUUAUGUAACCCGUCUCCGAGGACCGUUGGGGGAAGGGAAACCUGAGCCACCAUACUCAGCAAUGUUGAAGAAGCAGUUCACAAGGAUAAACAAUCUCAGUCUCUUCGAUAACGGGCCUUAUUUCUUCUCCAUGACCACGCAUACUUUUUCGUCAAAGCCGAAUUCUUUAUCUGGUCCACCUUCAUCUUUACCUGUUACUCCAUCCUUACCUCGUCUCCAAAUCGCCAUAUCCCAUUGCAAGAAUUCACGCCAAGCACUUAGCAUGUUAGGUUUGGCAUGCAAAUGCGUAAUCCCAUUUGGCGAUCUGGGGCUUCUCUCAGGUUUGAUCUGUGUUCUGACCAGGGUCAAGCUGUAUACCCACGCCAGGUGCUUGAUAAAAGGCCUAAUCCAAGAUUUGAUAAAAUCUCGUGCACCUCACAUCGUCUGCGGCUCUAUUUUCAAUGCUCUGAAUCGACUUGGUAGCCCCAAAUAUAAUGUUAAUGUGUUUGGUGUGUUGAUCAUGGCAGUAUCUGAGAUGGGACUUGUUGACGAGGCCUUGUGGGUGUAUGAACAGAUGGAGGUUUUACCUUCAUUGCAGGCUUGUAAUGCACUGUUAAACGGAUUGGUUAAGAUUGGUAGGUUUGAUUCUAUGUGGGAAUUUCAGGGGGAUAUGGUGUCACGCGGAUUGGUAUCUAAUGUUGUCACAUAUGGCAUCUUGAUUGAUGGUUGCUGUAGACAAGGUGACGUUUCCAGGGCCUAUGGUUUGUUUGAUGAGAUGGUGGGCAAAGGGAUUGAACCAACAGUUGUGAUCUUCACAACUCUUAUUCGUGGUUUGUGCAGUGAGUGUAAGAUGUUGGAAGCUGAGCGAAUCUUCGGUUCGAUGCAGGAAUCCAGUGUUUUCCCCAAUUUGUACACUUACAACAUCUUGAUGGACGGGUACUGCAAAAUGGCCAACGUGAGACGAGCCCUUGUCUUGUAUCAGGACAUGCUUGGUAAUGGCUUUUGGCCAAAUGUUAUUACAUUUGGAAUCCUAAUAGAUGCACUUUGCAAAAUUGAUGAGUUGAUAACUGCAAGGAACUUAUUUGUUUCCAUGAUCAAGUUUGGUAUUAUCCCUAAUAUUUUUGUAUAUAAUUGUUUGGUUAAUGGCCACUGUAAGGAGAAAAAUUUAUGCAAAGCAGCGGGAUUUCUUUUGGAGAUGGAGAGAUUAAGAAUUUCACCAGAUGUAUUCACUUACAGUAUAAUAAUUAAGGGCCUAUGUGAUGUGGCUCAAGUCGAGGAAGCUGAUGGUUUGUUGCUGAAAAUGAGGAGAGAGGGACAUCAGGCCAACUCUGUGACAUACAAUUCAUUGAUAGAUGGGUACUGUAAGGAAGGAAACAUGGGGAAGGCUUUGGAGCUGUGUUCUCGAAUGACAGCUGAGGGCGUAGAACCCAAUGUUGUCACCUUCUCUACAUUGAUUGAUGGUCAUUGCAAGGCAGGGAAUAUGCAAUCAGCCAUGAGUUUGUACUCAGAAAUGUUAAUCAAAAACAUUCUGCCUGAUGUAGUGGCACACACAGCCUUGAUUGACGGACAUUGUAAAGAUGGUAACAUGAAGGAGGCUUUUCGGCUGCAAAAGGAGAUGCUAGAGGCCGGACUCUCGCCCAAUAUUUUCACGAUUAGUUGCUUGGUUGAUGGCCUUUGUAAAAAUGGGAGAGUUUCUGAUGCAAUUCAACUUUUCCUGAAGCAAACUAGGGUUGGAACUUGUGAAAGUGAAAUCAAUCAAAUGGAUAGCUUCUGCUUUCCGAAUAAUGUUAUCCGUACGUCUUUGAUUGAUACAUUGUGCAAGGAUGGCCGAAUUUUUGAGGCUAGUAAAUUUUUCUUAGAUAUGAGAUGCGAUGGUUUGUGGCCAGAUCCUUUCACUUACUCUGCAAUGUUACAAGGGCAUCUAAAAGCUAAUGAUAUGCAGAAUGUUAUGAUGUUACACGCUGAUAUGAUAAAGAUGGGUGCCAUGCCAAAUGAGGUUAUAAAAGAGGCCUUAAGCAAAUGUUAUCAAGAGAAUGGAUAUCUGAAAUAAGGUCUCAGGUGUUCACAGGACUCGAUUGGAAUCAAGAGAGUCAAUGACUGAAAUCAGUUUUCAGGUGUUCAGAGCACUUAAAUGGACAGGUUUGGUUCAGACCAUGAUGAUGAGAGAACGAUACGAUAUGCUUCAAAGAAGCAUUGAGCUCUGUGUGGACACAUUGAAUGGGUUACUUCUACCAGAGCUUGAGAAAUGGACAAGCUGUAACGGAAUGCAUCAUGAAUUUCAAUCGUCAAAUCGUCAUCGUUCUUGUGAGAAAGUUUGAAUAAUGAGCAGGAACAGCAGUUGUAAGAUCAAUUCAUAGGGAAUAUGAAUCCUGGUGUUAGUGGUUCAUUCAUAUAUAAGAGCUUGUUAUGAUUAUUCGGUCUCCACUCUCCACAAACACUGAGCGAGUUGAAUCGAUCUGGAAUGCAGGGUUCAACAUAAAUGCCAUGGAUUGGGAGCUGAACAUUUUCUCCAACUUCAGUGAAAGGAAAGAGAGAAUAUUGAGCAAUCAUGCCGAGGUUUGCUAUGUCUGUGGGAGGGUAUGGAGAUGAUCAUACCAACUCUUGCUAUCUGAUUAUAUAUUUUGCGUUCAGAACAUAAAAAAAAAAAUAGUCUCUUUCACAAUAUAUAUGAGGUCAGUCGGUCUUUGUAAAUUAGCUGUCAAAGAACUUACUUGAUUAUAAUAAUUUCUUAAAGAUAAAAACUUUAGAACAGAAACAGAAACAGAAACAGAUUGCAUAUUUCUAAUUAUAUUUUAUUGGCAAAGACAUUGCAUAUUUCUUUCCAUCUUUUAUCCCAAAAGAAACUCAUUUCAUAACGCUAUUUAAUUCCCAAUCCCUGCCCAAAAUGAAGUUGAUUGAUGGAAAAGAAGGUCAAAAAUUAUUAUUAUUUUUAAUAAAACAAAGUUAAGAAAAUAAAUAAUGCAUUGUAAUUAAUUUUUUACAGAUAUUUAAUGCCGAAUUAUUUUUUUUUCUUUUUACUUGAUAUCUCCGUUAGUCAAAGUA